UAGAGGCGGAUCCUGUAUAUUAAGCGCGACGCAUUUCGCGGUAGCACAGUUGAGCACGGUUUCUUUUGUCGUGGUGGAGCAGCAGGAAUUGGAGUCAGCAGUAUGAGGGAAAUCGUGCACAUUCAAGCCGGCCAGUGUGGUAACCAGAUCGGGGCCAAGUUUUGGGAAGUUAUCAGCGAUGAACAUGGCAUUGAUCCCACUGGUACCUACCAUGGAGAUACUGACCUGCAGCUGGAGAGGAUAAACGUCUAUUACAAUGAGGCAUCAGGUGGAAAGUAUGUGCCCCGUGCUAUCCUUGUGGAUCUGGAGCCUGGCACUAUGGACUCUGUUCGUUCUGGACCUUUUGGUCAGAUCUUCAGGCCAGAUAACUUUGUGUUUGGGCAGAGUGGUGCUGGCAACAACUGGGCCAAAGGACACUACACUGAAGGAGCUGAACUGGUCGACUCUGUUCUGGAUGUGGUGAGGAAAGAAGCGGAGGGAUGCGAUUGUCUCCAGGGAUUCCAGCUCACUCACUCAUUAGGUGGCGGUACAGGAUCUGGCAUGGGCACACUCCUUAUUAGCAAAAUCCGUGAGGAAUACCCAGACAGAAUCAUGAACACCUUUAGUGUUGUGCCUUCACCAAAAGUAUCAGACACUGUUGUAGAGCCUUACAAUGCAACUCUAUCUGUCCAUCAGCUUGUCGAGAACACUGAUGAGACCUUUUGUAUUGAUAAUGAGGCUUUGUAUGACAUCUGUUUCCGAACCCUCAAACUCACCACUCCCACUUAUGGUGACCUGAACCACCUUGUGUCAGCCACCAUGAGUGGUGUAACGACCUGUCUGCGUUUCCCUGGUCAGCUCAAUGCUGACCUCCGUAAAUUAGCAGUAAACAUGGUCCCAUUCCCUCGUCUGCACUUCUUCAUCCCUGGCUUUGCUCCUCUGACCAGCCGUGGUAGCCAGCAUUACCGUGCCCUCACAGUACCUGAGCUUACCCAACAAAUGUUUGAUGCCAAGAACAUGAUGGCUGCCUGUGACCCUCGGCACGGCCGCUACCUGACCGUUGCUGCCAUUUUCCGGGGCCGUAUGUCCAUGAAAGAGGUGGAUGAGCAGAUGUUAAAUGUACAGAAUAAAAACAGCAGCUAUUUUGUUGAGUGGAUCCCCAAUAAUGUCAAAACUGCUGUCUGUGACAUCCCACCUCGAGGCCUCAAGAUGUCUGCCACCUUCAUUGGCAACAGUACAGCCAUUCAGGAGUUGUUUAAACGCAUCUCUGAGCAGUUUACUGCUAUGUUCCGGAGGAAAGCGUUCUUGCAUUGGUACACUGGUGAGGGCAUGGAUGAGAUGGAGUUCACUGAAGCUGAGAGCAACAUGAAUGACCUGGUAUCUGAGUACCAGCAAUAUCAGGAUGCCACAGCUGAGGAAGAGGGUGAAUUUGAGGAGGACGAAGAAGUUGCCUAAACUGUAUUGUGCUCAGAGCUAAGAAUUUGUCCAUGUCACUGAUCUGUAUGUCAUUUUCUCUAUACUUUUACAUCAUUCCUCUGUUCUGCAUUUCUAUCUUGAAUGCUGUUUAAAUUUCAGUUUAACCUCUUGAUUAUUUGGGGCAUUGACUUGUAUGAUGGAAUCAUGUAUACGUGUAAUGAAUUCGCAUUUGCAACAGAAAUUAUUAAAUGUUUUUCUCUUGUAAGGAAUUCUGGAGUGUUCCCCAAGUUAAAGCACUGCUUUCAAGCAAUGUUGGCUCAACACUGAGCAGAUGACAUUUUAUUAAAAUGGGAGUUUGAUGCAGAACUAAGGAGUAUUUUUGUUGUACUAUCUGCUUCUGCCUCUAGGAUAAAGGUUGAUUGCCAGCCAACAAAACUUGGUUGUGCACAAGUGAGUAUCUUUAAGUAUGGAGACACUGGCUUGUCUUCAGAUGGAUUACGGACUUUCAUCUUGUAAAACAUUUUUACAAUCCUAAGUUUUUCAAAUUUUUUUUUUUUGAAGGUAGUAUUUGCUAAGGCCUGGAUAUUUGGGGCAGAGGUUGAUCAUGUUGAAGUGAAAAGUUGUAAGAUGUAUGUUGAUAUUUUUGAAUCAGUUCCACUGAUUUGGAAGGUUUCCAUAAAACAAUUCUUUGCUGCUGUCUACUUAGUGGAGUUGCUACUUUUUGGCAGAGUGGAUGUUCCAGAGAAGUCAAUCCAGUAAAUUAAAUGGGAAAUCAUCUAUGAUUUAUCUAGUUCUCUACAUACAGUUAUAAAUCUGUAUUUGGCCUGAUUGUAACUACUCUAUGGCUAAUUAGAAUUUUGAAGUUGACAAAAAGUGGCAGCUUUACUAUUGCAAAGCAGACUUUUUCUGCAAAGGUGGUAGUUUUCAGACGAGUCCACCAGUGCUUCAGACAGAAUGCAAAAAAAGCUUCAUUUUGUUGACCAUUUCAUUUAAGUGUCACAAUCCAAGUUUUGGCUGAACACUAAUGUUCUAAGAGCUUUGUAUGGAGAGUGUUCAUGUCUUGAAUCAUGUUUGAUCAUUAAAGUAGCGCACCAACUUGAAA